GUCUGUCCUGACUCAGCUCAGCAGUCUCCAGUCUACCAACUGGUCUCUGUAAUAACUAUUUAAAUCAGUCUGUCCUGACUCAGCUCAGCAGUCUCCAGUCUACCAACUGGUCUCUGUAACUUCAUCUUUGUCUCUGUGGUGUACAGUCUUCAGGUGAUGAUGGGGGUAUUGAAUCAUCUCUCUACUCUCCUCCUUCUCUCUCUCCUUCCUCCUGCUCUCUCUGGUGUGAACAGGUUCGAUCCAGAGUGCCAAGAGUUCUUCCUGGAGGGGACAAAUCCAAAUCUCCCAGGUAUUUUGGUUGGUGGGACAGUCCAGAACCAGAACCGCUACAAGCCGAUCUGCCAGUUGUUCAAAAACAUCUACAGGUUUGCAACUCUCUACGACACGACCAACAAGAUCCCUGUGUUCUCAGCCUACACCUUCACUGGUCCUCCUACAGACUGCAGACCAAGUCAGUCCUGGAUGAUAGAGCCUCAGCUCGAAAAUGAAAAUGUCAAACUUAAUGGCAAACUGAACAUGAAAUGUUGUAAAGUUGUCAACAACCAGGCUGCGGACACAGACUACUAUAAAAACGGCAUGGGUCUGCAUAGAGGUCACUUGUUCCCAUGUUCAUACGCACCUGAUGAUGAUACCAUGAUGUCCACUUUCACCCUGACGAACGCCGUUCCCCAGGAAAGAUCCUUCAACCAAGGCAGCUGGAAGACAAUGGAGGGCAGAGUCAGAGAAGCUCUUGUGAAGAACUGUAAGGAUAACAACAAGAUAAAAGCUUAUGUGGUGACUGGAGCCGUUCCCAGCAACAACAUCCAACUGAACAACAGAGUGAACAUCCCAGAUCUCAUGUGGACAGCCUACUGCUGUUACAACAGUGAGAAGGACAAGUGGAUGGCCGGGGCACACUGGGGUGAGAACAAAGAGAAACGGAAUACAAAAGUAUUGGAACCCCAUUCCUUGGCUGAUCUGAAUGUAAUGUUGAACCAAUAUUACCAUGUUGAUGGUGUCGUAGUUGGUGAUGUCAAGGUGUUCCCAGAUCAGUGUUCAAAUGGUGUUAUUCCAACAGAGCUUCUUAAGGGGAAAAACAAGGUUAUUCGUGUCUCUCAAAAAACAAAAACAAAAACAAACUCGAAACGGAAAUUGAACGGUGGUGUCCAGGUGAAACCAAAAAAGGUUCAAAAGAAAAGUAGAAAUAAAAAUAAUGGGGUGCAAAGGAGCAAAAUAAAUAAAUAAAUUAAAUACAGUUGGGAAAGAGGUAGUUGUUUGGGCUAAAUUAUAGGUGGGCUAUGUACAGGUGCAGUAAUCUGUGAGCUGAUGAUGAUGAUGUAGUGACAUAACCACCAGGAACCUGUGACAUCAUCAGGUCAAGCAGGUAAUAAUGAACCUGGUUUAGUCUGACCUGAGUUUCACUCUGUGAUCAACAUUCACUAUUGUUAGAAAUAUUAUGAAUAAAUGAAUAAACAAUAUUCUCAUUUUAAAUUGAAUUGUAACUAAGUAAACUUAUACUCUGUUUUAUUAUAUCUGAUUAACUAUAUGAGUUGGUAAGAAGGGAUUGUGUGACACGGACAAGGAGUAAUUAAAGUUAAUGAACACCAUUCCAACUAGGAAGAAAGAAAUGGGUUGUGGAUUAAGUAAACAGAUAAGGUAGUUAACCUGUGGUUGAACCGACCAAACUGAGCUCUGAGGUGUUUUAGAUAAGACAGUGAGUGCAUUCCUAGGUUUUCUGUUAAUUAGAACUGUCAGCUAAGUGGUGAUCGAUAAUGGUGAGGAGUCAAAAGUUAAUUAAGUUGUGUUGUGUGUCUUGUGUAUGUGCUGGGGGGGUCAGAAUGAACUCAAAAUUAACUUUUAAAGUUCCCUUUGUCCCGGUCAAGAGGAGGGGAUCCUGUUAAGCAAUGAAAUGACGUCAUGUUUUUGUAUAUAAACUGUUGUUCGUGGUAACGUGAGAAUGUGCUCCGAGAAUAAAUUAUGUUACCUAUUA